GCCCCAGCGGUGAUUGACUGAGGCGCAAGAGGGGUUUCCGGUUGAGCCGUUGGCGACGCUGCGUUUCCCCUUGUCGGUGCCGGAGGUGAGAGGAGUCGGGAGGCAGUGCAGCGAGCGAGUCAGUCGCCGAGAGGCCGGACCUCGGGGAGGUGGUGGUGUGUGUAACCCUCCCCCCCGAUGCUUGUGGUGGCUCACCGUUUUACAAGGAGGACAGAAGAGGACUGACUUGGCACUGAAUGCCUCUGCAGCACUUUUUCAGUAAUAGAGUGUGAUUAACCAAGGAUGACAAUGGAAGAGAUGAGGAAUGAAGCUGAGACGACCUCCAUGGUUUCCAUGCCACUCUAUGCUGUGAUGUACCCAGUGUUCAAUGAGCUGGAGCAUGUUAAUCUAUCAGCUGCACAGACACUUAGAGCUGCUUUCAUUAAGGCAGAAAAAGAGAACCCUGGUCUCACCCAGGACAUCAUAACCAAAAUUCUGGAAAAAAAGAGUGUGGAUGUUAAUUUCACUGAAUCAUUACUGCGCAUGGCCAGUGAUGAUGUUGAAGAGUACAUGAUUGACAGACAGGAACCAGAAUUCCGGGAGCUAAAUGAAAAAGCACGAGCACUGAAACACAUUCUCAGCAAAAUUCCUGAUGAGAUCAAUGAUAGGGUCAGAUUUCUUCAGACAAUCAAGGAUAUUGCCAGUGCAAUAAAGGAGCUUCUUGACACUGUGAACAAUGUUUUCAAAAAAUACCAGUACCAGAACCGCAGAGCGCUUGAUCACCAAAAGAAAGAAUUUGUCAAAUACUCCAAAAGCUUCAGUGACACUUUAAAAACCUACUUUAAAGAUGGAAAGGCAAUUAAUGUGUUCAUCAGCGCCAAUCGGUUAAUCCACCAAACUAACUUGAUACUGCAGACCUUCAAAACUGUUGCUUAGAACCUCCAUUUGUGAAGCUUUUUAAUUUUCAAUCUUAAAAGGUUGACCUUUAUAUGUAAAUUUAAAUAGUUACAACUGUGUAAAUUAACACAUCCAUUUCAGAACUUGAAAAUGUUGAAUAAAAUAAUUGUCAACUUGCACCAUAUUUUUGUAAAACAUUGUAGCUAAUCAUGAUUUCUCGUUUUAAAAAAAAUUGCAUAACUUUUGCUAUUACUAUUGUAUCCAAAACAAAGCCAAAAGAAUUUGCGCCUUAACAUAUCUUAAUGUAACAUUCCUUUGUGUAAAUAUUGGUGUUAUGUUUCUGAAGUUAACUUGCUGGCAAAAAAAUACAAGUUAUGUAUUUAACAUAAUUAGUUGCAAAUAAAUAGUUCACAAUUUGA